GAUAAAUAAAUAGAAGGCAUCGCAGAAGCGUCACACACUCACCCCAUCAACCACCGGGGUGUAUCAAGCCAAAGGGAUGGGAAUGGGAAUUCAAAAAGUAAGUGAUUUCGCAGCCGUUUUCGUGGCAGCUGCUGUCAUUCUUGUUAUUAGCAUCCCGUUCCCGGCUAACGGCCUCAUUUAUCGUACGAGCGACGCCUUUGUUUUCGAAAUCGAUCGAGCGGCAGAUGGCUCCUUUACUCCUCAGUUUUUCCCAAAAAGCCAAUCGGAUUUUUUGCCAAUCAAAUUUUUCUUGGAUGGCGGCCGUAUCCCUUUAUCACAAAUCCCUCUGCUGGUCGGUUCAACCAAAAAUGUUCAUUCGUAUUACACCAUGCUGGGCCUGCAUCCGCAACAAGAGCUGAAUUUGUACAACUGGCUGCCUUAUUACCCGUUCGUGUAUGCCCGUGCUGCUGCUGCCCCGACAAGAAAUUCAAGCAAUGAUCAGCAAACAUUCAACCGCCAAUCUAAACAGGGGAGUAUUCCUUGUGGCGUUGGACCCAAUACCAACCGCAUCGUCAAUGGCCAGGAAGCUGUUGCCCAUUCGUGGCCUUUUGUCGUGGGCUUCAUGACGCAAGGCAGUGGCGUAGUCGAUUGUGGCGGAUCUUUAAUUUCGGAAACUAAAGUUCUGACAGCGGCCCAUUGUUUUGUACAGAUGUCGCUGUAUCAAUUGUCACAGAAAGUUGUGAAACUGGGCAUGCACUACACGGGCAACAGUGCGGGAGUACCGGACGAUGCGCAAAGGACGAUGAGAAUCAAAAGCGUGACAAUUCAUAGAGAAUAUAAUGGAGGAAGAUUUAACUACGAUGUCGCUGUUGUGACAAUGGAGUCACAAUUCACCGCCGUCACCUACUCAGAGGCCAUCUCGCCCGCCUGUUUGCCGCCAGAAAGUGCCAACGUCGAUGAAUACGCCGGAAAGGAUUCCUUCAUCAUGGGAUGGGGUGAUGUCAGAUCCGGUGCCAAUACGGGUACGUCUAAAUUAAGACAAGCCAUCGUUCCAGUCAUAACGAACGACGAAUGCAAGAAAAUCUACAGCCAACCUAGCCAAAUUACUGACCAUAUGGUGUGUGCUUCUUCUCGUACAUCCGAUUCAUGCCAGGGAGACAGUGGCGGUCCGCUAGUCAUCAAAUUUGACGACGGUUCUUAUUACCAAGCCGGCAUCGUUAGUUGGGGAAGCGGAUGCGCGAAUGCAGCAUUUCCUGCAGGCGUUUAUACGUACGUACCACGACUAGUGAGCUGGGUUAAAAAAUAUAUGUAGAAUCGAUUCGUUAUUGCAAACGAUCACGCAUAUAGAUCGAAAGAUUCCGGAAAAUGGGAAAUUUUUCUUUCAAGGGCGCUUAUUUAUGACAGCCGAAACCAUGAUGUUUAUAAUGUAUUCUGUCGUUCUUCUGAAAACAUGCAGAAUAUACUAUUAUGGCAUUAGAAAAAUCUUUCUUAAAGAAAACGUGUUAAAAUCACAUUUCACUUAUACAAUUCUUUUCUUGUAGUCCUGAAUGAAAUUUAAAUUUAAAAAAUACUGAUGAAGCUGGUGAAACUACCAUUUUAUUUAUUUUCUAUCAUUUUUUUUCUGUUUUCGCCAUUGCGAAGCCCGACUUGUUCACAAAAAGUUGAGCUUAAAAUGAUUGACUUGGAAUUCGAUAAAACCGAACCUGCUGCUGUAAUACAAAAAUAAACGCUGA